UGUUCCAAGAUGGCGGCCAUCAAUACUGGUGAGUUCCCGGUUCAUGGACUUUUACCAAAGCGAGAAACCGGCGCUGAUCGAUAUCUGGCUAAAUAUCCCGAGUACGAUGGUCGUGGGAUUGUCAUCGCUGUUUUUGAUACGGGUGUUGACCCAGGAGCUCCUGGUUUGCAAGAAACUCCUGAUGGACGACGUAAGAUUGUUGAUCUGAUUGAUGCCAGUGGUAGUGGUGAUGUCGAUACUUCAACAGUUUGUGAAGCAGUGGAUGGUUGCCUUACUGGAGUGACAGGCAGGAAGCUUCAGGUUCCGGAUGACUGGGAAAAUCCUUCUGGGAAGUUUUUUAUUGGUGUCAAGAGUGCAUACAGUUUAUUUCCAGGCGGGCUAAAAGGGAGACGUGUGAAAGAGAGACGUGAGAAACUGUGGGAUCCGCCUCACCAUGUAUGCAUUGCUGAAGCAACACGAAGGCUGGAUCAGUGGGAUGCUGAACACCCUAAUCCAUCAGUGCAAGAGAAACUAAUCAGGGAAGAUCUUCAAGCACAAGUGGAAAUGCUCACCAGCCUUGAUAAAAAUUAUGCUGACACAGGUCCUGUGUUUGACUGUGUCGUGUUUCAUGAUGGACAUACAUGGAGAGCUUGUGUUGACACGUCUGAAAGUGGAGAUCUGGCCAGCUGUACUGUGUUGUCAAACUACAGGGAUUCUGGACAAUAUGCUACAUUUGGAAAAGAAGAUUUGUUCAACUACAGCGUCAACAUUUAUGAAGAAGGCAAAAUACUCUCUAUUGUUGCUAAUGGAGGUGCUCAUGGCACCCAUGUGGCCAGCAUAGCAGCGGGUUAUUGCCCAGAUGAUCCAGGGCUGAUUGGCAUUGCUCCAGGGGCUCAGAUUCUGUCAGUGAAGAUUGGGGAUACAAGGCUACAAACGAUGGAAACUGGAGCUUCCAUGAUUAGAGGGUUGAUUGCAGUUCAUCAGUAUAAAUGUGAUCUAAUCAACAUGAGUUAUGGAGAGGCAAGUCAUUGGCCUAACUCAGGACGUAUUAUUGAAAUGAUGAAUGAACUUGUGGAUAAACACAAAGUGAUAUUUGUGGCUAGCGCUGGUAACAACGGCCCUGCUCUCUCCACAGUUGGAUGUCCAGGCGGCACUGCAGAGUCUCUUAUUGGUGUUGGUGCAUAUGUGUCCCCAGACAUGAUGGCUGCUGAAUACUCUUUGCUUGAAAAACUUCCAGGAAAUCAGUACACAUGGUCAUCAAGAGGUCCCACGACAGAUGGCUCUCUAGGUGUUAAUAUAAGUGCUCCGGGUGGUGCUAUAGCUGCCGUACCCAACUGGACGCUAAGAGGAACACAAUUGAUGAAUGGGACAUCAAUGUCUUCACCAAAUGCAUGUGGAGGAAUUGCACUUUUGCUCUCUGGUCUUAAAGCAAAUAGCAUCCCUUACUCGCCUCACAGCAUUCGCAGAGCACUGGAAAAUACAGCUCUGCAUGUGGAAGGACUUGAUAGACUAACUCAGGGACAUGGCCUUCUUCAGCAAGAAAUCUUGCUUCACUUAGUUACUGUACAUUGGCAAACUGAAAGUGAGUCUCCUAGGGGCUUAAUGCUGCCAAUUAGAUAUCAAGAAACUCAACCUUUCUGUACCAUCAACAGAGCUUGUGUUGACACGUCUGAAAGUGGAGAUCUGGCCAGCUGUACUGUGUUGUCAAACUACAGGGAUUCUGGACAAUAUGCUACAUUUGGAAAAGAAGAUUUGUUCAACUACAGCGUCAACAUUUAUGAAGAAGGCAAAAUACUCUCUAUUGUUGCUAAUGGAGGUGCUCAUGGCACCCAUGUGGCCAGCAUAGCAGCGGGUUAUUGCCCAGAUGAUCCAGGGCUGAUUGGCAUUGCUCCAGGGGCUCAGAUUCUGUCAGUGAAGAUUGGGGAUACAAGGCUACAAACGAUGGAAACUGGAGCUUCCAUGAUUAGAGGGUUGAUUGCAGUUCAUCAGUAUAAAUGUGAUCUAAUCAACAUGAGUUAUGGAGAGGCAAGUCAUUGGCCUAACUCAGGACGUAUUAUUGAAAUGAUGAAUGAACUUGUGGAUAAACACAAAGUGAUAUUUGUGGCUAGCGCUGGUAACAACGGCCCUGCUCUCUCCACAGUUGGAUGUCCAGGCGGCACUGCAGAGUCUCUUAUUGGUGUUGGUGCAUAUGUGUCCCCAGACAUGAUGGCUGCUGAAUACUCUUUGCUUGAAAAACUUCCAGGAAAUCAGUACACAUGGUCAUCAAGAGGUCCCACGACAGAUGGCUCUCUAGGUGUUAAUAUAAGUGCUCCGGGUGGUGCUAUAGCUGCCGUACCCAACUGGACGCUAAGAGGAACACAAUUGAUGAAUGGGACAUCAAUGUCUUCACCAAAUGCAUGUGGAGGAAUUGCACUUUUGCUCUCUGGUCUUAAAGCAAAUAGCAUCCCUUACUCGCCUCACAGCAUUCGCAGAGCACUGGAAAAUACAGCUCUGCAUGUGGAAGGACUUGAUAGACUAACUCAGGGACAUGGCCUUCUUCAGGUUGACAAGGCAUUUGAGUUUUGCAGUGAAUUUUCAAGUGUUCCUGAAAGAGAUGUUAGGUUUCAGAUUUCCUGUUCAGGGGGUAAAAGAGGAAUUUAUCUCCGAGAAUCUCGUCAGUUGUGUAAACCCUUCAGUGAAAGUGUGUCUGUGACCACAGUCUAUAAUGAGGAUGUUGCUAACGAAGAAAAACUCAACCUCAAUCUCCGCCUGAGCUUGGUCAGUUCUGUGUCGUGGGUCAGUGUGCCGGACCAUCUUGUCCUCAUGAACACAGUGCGCAGUUUUAAUGUGAAAGUUGAUCCUCGUGGUUUGGCACAUGGUGUUCACUAUGCUGAGGUGUCCGCUUAUGAAAUCACCUGUCCGCAGCGCGGACCUCUCUUCAGAGUUCCCGUUACAGUCAUUAAACCAAACAGUGUAAGUGAUGAAAACCAUUACGUGUACGAGAUGGAAGAGGUGAAAUUCAAGCCUGGACAGGUCCACAGGAGUUUUGUUCACGUCCCGGAAGGGGCAACGUGGGCAGAAUAUUCAGUGUCGUCACUAGAAAAGGAAGUCAAUGGUCGCUUUCUUCUUCACGCCAUACAGCUGUCACCUCUGUCGUCAUACAAGGAACACGAGUACUCACAAUUUUUCACCCUUACCCCACUGGGAGAGAAAACCUUGAGUUUCGCAGUGAAGGGCGGUGAGACGUUAGAAUUAUGUACAGCAAGAUGGUGGGCAAGUUUAGGAGAGUGUGCUCUCAAAAGAAGCGUAACAUUUCACGGAGUCGUACCUAGCGAAAAAAGCAUAACAUUGCAAACGUCAAAGGUUUGCCGAGUGGAUGUAAAACCCGCCCUUAGAGAGGAGGAAAUUUUACCAACAGUGUCGCUCAAAACACACGCUCAGCUAGUCAGACCUUCAGAACACAAGAUUAGUCCGCUUGGUUCAAGGGAUGUCCUGCCAAAUGGACGGCAAAUCUAUGCCCUGACUCUCACUUACAAUUUCCAUCAGUCCAAGGCAGGUGAAGUUAGCCCCAAUGCCACAUACUUGUCGGACCUCUUGUAUGAAUCUGAAUACGAGUCUCAGCUCUGGAUGAUUUUCGACUCAAACAAGAGGAUGCUGGGAAGCGGAGAUGCAUUUGCUGACCGGUACUCCGUCAAGGUAGAAAAGGGAGACUACGUUCUUAAGCUUCAGGUUCGCCAUGAUAACAAGGAUCAACUUGAGAAACUCAAAGACAUGGUUGUAUUAAUAGAACAGAAGCUCUCUCCCGCCAUUACUCUAGAAACACAUUCCUCGCGUCUUGCUUCCAUGAAAUCCGGCAAGUUCAGUUCAUGCACGCGGGGUCCUGGCGCUAGCUGUCCUGUUUACAUUAUGCCGGUGGCGGAUGACAAGAUUCCCAAAGCUGCCAAGCCUGGUCACAUUCUAAAGGGGACAGUUUCUUACGUGAAAAGUGAGACUGGUAAAAAAGCGUGCACGUAUCCAGUCCAGUUUAUUGUCCCUGUGUCAGCCAAUAAACAGAACAAUAAAGCUGCCACGAACAAACCAGAAGAAAAGCAGCCCAAGCAACAGUUCGAGGAGGCAGUGAGAGGCCUUAAAAUCUCCUGGAUACCAAGACUGGACGACCUCAGUCUAUUUGAUGAGUUAGUUGAACAGUAUUCUGAUCAUCUACCACUUUAUGUAGCACGACUUCAUUUCUUGGAUAAUUGCAAGGAUCGGCUGCAAAAGCUUCCACAAAUUAUAGGUGCUGCAGAAAAAAUCAUACAGAUGAUAGACCCUGUUGAGUUGUCCAGCUACUACGGUAUGAAGACCGACUCACGUCCAGAGGCAGCUACCAUAAAAAGCGAGAAAGAUAACCAAAAAGCUUCAUUAGUGGAUGCACUGUCUAGGAAGGGAAUAGCUCUUGCUGAUCAGAUAUUAAAUAAACCUUCAGAAGUGACGCCAAGCGAGGAAACCCCAGUUGAACAAGAUGUGAGCAGCUCUGAAGAUAAAGCAGAGACGGAGGACACAAUUUACGAUAGAAUAAACGAAACUUUUAACGAGCUUGUAAAGUGGGUAGACGUGUCAGAUUCAAAGAUUUUGCCGUUUUACAUUCGCCGCGCCGAGGCAUUGAAGCUAUACGGCCUGGCUUUGAAGUCCUCCAUGAAGCAGAAUGGAGAUGGCACACCACACAGGGCAAAUGAUGACAAAAAUAUCGAGCUAUUCGAGAAGCUUGGCUGGGAACAUUGUGCACGCUCGAGCAGAGAAAGCCUUCUGGUCAAGUAUCCUACCAAGUACCAGCCGUUUUGAUGUACAAUUCUUAUCAGACGACUUGACAUGUUUUCAAUUUGAUAGGUGUGAAUUACAUGCACGCGGGCACGUGCAGCACGCAUAGAAACUCACGUACGCUUUUGCAAACCGCACCUGGCUCCUACCUCGACGGUAGCGCCAGCGCUGUCGUCAGUUGUACUGCUUGGGUGGGAUACUGGUGGCCGUGUAGAUUACCGGAGGUAUCGGCAUGCCGGCAAACUUCAAUAGAGUUCAACUUCGCAGGCAUGCUUGAGGUCUUCGUGGCAUGCUGGCGGAAGACAUUUUCAGUGCGAAAUGCUUGGGCAAUUGCUGGUGACAAUCGCAGAGCCACCCGUGGGUGGCAUAUCAAAAUUAGGCUUAAUUAAGCCCGGUUUUCACUGCGUCAUAAACACAAGCAUAACAAUUACGGUAGUGAGGACGUCCACAACACAAACAUAACCAGGCAGGCAUGCGCGGAAUGGAUAAUUACCUUAUUUUCAGUUCCAUACCUCCGCGAUACAAUGAAACAAGAUGGCGUACGCACGCUUAUGCUCAUGUUUACGGUAGUGCGUUUUCACUUGACAUAAGCAUAAGCACAAGAAGAACAAAAAGUUUUGUUCUGCUUGUGCUUAUGCUUGUGUUGUAUGCUUCCUAACUACCGUGUGCUUACGCUUGUUGCUAGUGUUAUGGGUGUCCUCACCACCGUGUUGCUUAUGCUUCUAGCUUGUGCUUAUGUUGUAGUGAGAACCAGGCCUUACCCUCAACGAGGAACUCAAAUAUUUUCUAUUCAUAAGCUCCUUUGUAAGAUAAGUUCAAAUUACGCCUAUCGUAGAAAGCAAUUGUGAUCUUAAUUGGCACUGAAAAAGUUUUUCUUUAUCGUUUUGUUAUGUUAAGUCUUAUACUUCCUCUCAGAGAGUUACACUAUGUUUGAACUAUACAGUAGUGCUAUAGUAACAAACAUUUACUAAUUCUCUCAACUGUCGUAUUUGCAGGAUAGGCUAGUAUUGUCAGACUUUUUAAUGUGUGGUAUCUUUGAAUUUUAUUCACUAGUUACAGUGGAGAUGGUUUGUUUAUUAAAAUAAAGCUAUACACUUCUGGCUGCUGGGAUUUAA